AUGACACUGCAGCCAGAGUUCAUCAUCAUCAUCAUCAUCAUCAUCUCCUCGUGUCCCUCUGUGUCCUGCAGCAGGAGACAGCGUCCUCACAGGCUGAUGAUGGGCGGUUCGGGUCGGAUCGGGUUAGUAACAGGUGCCGGUUCUUUGGCCGUUCGGGAUCAUGACAUGGCACGAGCGCGGCGCGGAUCUCCACGCGCUCUGCGUCUCCUGCGCACCGCAUCUUUUUUCCGCGCACCUUCAUCAUCUUCAUCAUCAUCACCAUCAUCACCAUCAUGGUGUCUCCGGCCACAAAUCGCCAAACUGGCUACAGCCGCAGCGAUCGCCAGCUCCCUCAUCCGGCAGAAGAGGCAGGCGAGGGAGAGAGAGCGCGAGCGGGAGAGAGAGAAGGAGAAGGAGAAGGAAAGAGCCAAGGCGGCUCGCUGCAGUCCAACCCGGAGCACAGGAACCUGCGAGAAACCCAGCCGACUGAACCUCUUCUCACGGGUCAAACUCUUUGGGUCCAAGAAGAGGAAGAGGAGAAGGCCAGAGCCUCAGCUGAAAGGAAUCGUCACUAAACUGUGCAGCCGUCAGGGUUUUCACCUGCAGCUCCAAGCAGACGGAACCAUCGACGGCACCAGAGAGGAGGACAGCAGUUAUGCCGUGUUUAAUCUCAUCCCAGUGGGUCUGCGUGUGGUGGCGAUACAGAGCGUUCAGACGAAGCUCUACCUGGCCAUGAACAACGAGGGCUACCUGUACACCUCCGAACACUUCACUCCGGAGUGUAAGUUUAAGGAGUCUGUGUUUGAGAAUUAUUAUGUGACGUACUCGUCCAUGCUGUACCGGCAGCAGCAGUCAGGUCGAGCCUGGUACCUCGGCCUAAAUAAGGAGGGACGAGUGAUGAAGGGGAACCGCGUCAAAAAGACCAAACCGGCUGCUCACUUCAUCCCCAAACCCCUCAAAGUUGCCAUGUACAGAGAGCCCUCACUCCAUGACAUGACUGAAUUCUCACGUAGUGGAAGCGGAACUCCGACGAAGAGCCGCAGCGCGUCGGCCAUGCUAAACGGGGGGAAGAUUGCAAGCCAGUCAACAUAACAAGGGGAUGUACCAAGGGGACCUGAGAAGGUGGCAUGACAGCUCUGCACAAA